UGGGAUUUCAUAGUGGCCAUCUUUCCUCUCUCGAUAAAGACCCGUGUUGUGUUGUGUGGUCCAUGUUGUGUGUGUGCGGGAGGUCCGUCAGCUGUCACCUCUCCAGCAGCGGGACGUCAGAGAUGGUCGCUUCUCGAUGGAAGACACGUUUCCACGUCCAGGGGUGAAUCCACAUCUGGUUUGCAUCUGUAUUCCAACCGAGGAGCGGAUGAAGAUUUGAGGAAAGGGGCAGCCGCCGGGACUCAGACCCGUGAGCCUGCAGCUCUUCAGGGUUCGCAUCCCUGCAGGGACCGAUCCGCCUUAACAACCCGGACCCUGCGGGCUGCAGGCGGUGCGGGAACCAGCGACCUGCGGUGCCGGUGGAGGAGCCUCUCGUCGUUUUCACCGCAUUUGCGCGUGAGGGAGCGAGGCGCGAUAGAUGGAUUUGAAACGAAGAGCAGAUUGAUCAGAAGGUCCAACUUCCUGCUGAAGUGACAUUUUGAAGAUCUUUGUCUAGACCAAUCAGAGAGCUUCCCCCGCUGCCCCCCCACUCCACCGUGUCCGCCCCCUAACCCUCACCAGGCACCAUGGGUACAGUGUUGUCGCUGUCUCCCAGCUACCGGAAGGCGGCGCUGUUUGAGGACGGCCCGGCCACGGUCGGCCACUACACCGCCGUCCAGAACAGCAAGAACGCCAAGGACGCCGCCGCCGCCGCCAAGUCCCUCAAACGGCCGUCCAUCAUCAGCGUGCUGCCAUGGAAGAGAAUCGUGGCUGUGUCUGCAAAGAGGAAGGGCUCCAAGAAGCUCCAGUCCGAGGGCGGGGACGGGGGGAAGGGAAGCUCUCCGGACGGACACGCCACCUCAGCCUGCGACAUCCUGCAGCUGAAGAAGUCUCAGUCCUGCGCCAACCUGUCAUCGUACACGUCGGGCCAGGACCCGUCAGGCACCAGCACCACUACCUCCUCACACCUGCCCACCUCCAAGACCCUGGCCAACGUGGCUGUCGCUGCUAAGAAGAACUCCCUCACAGGCUCGGGGAUCCAGCCGGCCACUGCAGUGGGAACCCCAAAACGUGUCAUCGUCCAGGCCUCCACCAGUGAACUGAUGCGCAGCCUGGGUGAGUUCCUGUGCCGUCGGUGUUACCGACUCAAGCGUCUCUCCCCCACGGAUCCGGUGCUGUGGCUGCGCAGCGUGGACCGCUCCCUCCUGCUGCAGGGCUGGCAGGACCAGGGCUUCAUCACUCCGGCCAACGUGGUCUUCCUCUACAUGCUGUGCCGCGACGUGGUCUCCUCAGAGGUGGCCUCGGAGCGCGAGCUGCAGGCCUCGCUGCUCACCUGCCUCUACCUGUCCUACUCCUACAUGGGCAACGAGAUCUCCUACCCACUGAAGCCCUUCCUGGUGGAGGCGGAGAAGGAGGCCUUCUGGGACCGCUGCCUGGAGAUCAUCAACCGCAUGAGUGGCAAGAUGCUCCAGAUCAACACCGACCCGCACUACUUCACCCAGGUGUUCGCCGACCUGAAGAACGAGAGCAAGAAAGAGGAGGAGAAGACCAAACUCCUCAUAGGCAUCGACCGAUAGGAAGGAGGCGGGAGGGGGGGAAGAGAGGAUGGAUAGAGAGAGGGAUGGAGAGGAGAGGUUGAGGACUAGUGUAGAGAAUCGUAGCGACACCUUGGAGUAGUGUUGUUGUCUGGCGUCUCUACUGGUUUGUGAUUCACUGGUUUGUUACUCAGAGCAAAGAGCUUCUGGGAUAGUGAGCCACAGGAACAGGGUCUUGGUUCUGGUCCCGUCUUCAGACGAUCACAAGCUUCACAGCACAGAUUCGAUCUCUAGGUUUUCACAAUGUAACUGACACACAUUUGAUCCACAUCAGGCUUCAUGAUAACACCUGAACAGAUUGGAGAAGCAGAUCUUCAUCGUCUGACCUGAACCUGGUCUGCUGAGAUGAGACAUGAAGUCUGAUUCCUGUUGAAGUCCUGAUUUGGUUUGGAAACGCCAGACAACACAGACUUACAGAACUAAGGGUGAACAUUAUUAUAAAUAUAAGGAAUAUUGAUAUUGUGUGAUAGCGUCCAGGCAUUUUUGAUUGCGUAUUGAAAAAUAUGCAUGAGGUCACCUCAUAUCUUCUUGCACAUGACCACCUGCUUAUUGCCAACUCCAUUUCCCCCCGUCCCUUAUUGUCCUGCCCGAGCUUAUUGCACUCACCAACACUGGCUGCGAGACUUUAGGAGCAUUAACUAAUUCACCAUAACCAGCCAGUAUCUACCAGAACAAAACCAGUCUGCAAACUGGUCAGCAGACUGGACUGUGAAAUUUACAUCCUGAUUAGGUGUAAUCGUGCUGAAGCAGAUUAAUUGAUUCGUUUUAGAUCAAGUUUAGAACUCAAAGGGGAACAUGUGGGUUUAUCUGUGGAUUAGGAGCUCCCUUCUUUGAUCUAAUCCCUUCACAGAUUAAUAAUCAUUGACCGAGCUCUGCUGACAGCUGUUUACUUUUACAAAAACAUUAAGGGGAAAUGCAAUAGUGACCCCUCUAGGGAAAACAAGGAAUUACUUCGUUCCCUCCUUUCCCCUGCACUUUGUCCUGUAUUGGUGCUGAGGGAGGAGGAAGGAGGAAGGAAGGAAGGAGGAAGGAGGAAGGAGGAAGGUAGGAAGGAGGAAGGAGGAAGGAGGAAGGAGGAAGGUAGGAAGGAAGGAAUAAGGUGCUUCAUACUGUAUGAAUGACUGAGUCAUGGAGGACAUGGAUCAUCGAAUCCGUCUGAACCAAUCGCCACAAACCUCAGAAUGACAGGAAAUGGGAUUAGAUCCCAGAUGUGUGAGUUCGGGGCAGAUGUGACUUUUCUUCCAAAACAAUGCUUCAAUCCCCCCUCCCCCCCAGCAAUCUCUCCUCCCCCCUCGCCACUCAUUUGUCUCCUCAUCCACCUGGACUGAGACAACUGGUCUGGUCUGGUGCCGUCCAGUCCAGACUGUCCCAUGUCCACAGACUCUGAGGUCCACUGACCCGACAGCUUAAUCUUCAGUUGUUUGAUAUGCAUGUGUGCUUCUAUAGGUUUCCUAGCAUGCUGCUUUGUGUUGGGCACACUGCACCACAUGUUCCAGAAGAGACUGAGCCUUCACUGGGCUGAACUGCUGGGAGCCCGACUCUGAGAUGUGACACCCGCUCAGCUGAGGUGCAAGGGGGGGGGGGGGGUUACAUUGGUCCUUUAUCAAAAUCCUCCUAACUCUUGAUUCCGGCCGGCGUCCGGAUCUAAAAGGUUCGUUCAAAACUAAAUCCUUUAAAAAAACAAGCAUUUCCAAUUCUGACAGUUUCCUUUUAAACAUCUGGAGCACAUCAGAAACCCACAGCCUCCUGAAUCAAGGCAUCAAACCCAACACCUCAAGUCUAAAGUUAAAAAACACGACAUCUCAAACGAAAAGGCCUGGUCCUGCUCCUCAUGCACCAACAACACAACCUCCAUGUUUAGAAUCUGUGGAAUCCCCCUGAACAGAGAUUGUUUAGUGGGAUCCAGCUGCUCCAGAUGUUUCCUGAGAGGAGAUCCCCUGCUGUGAUGAUGUCACAUCUCUCCGUCUUUAAUGUGGGGGAAGCUCUGCCUUCUCACAAGUGUGUGUGGGGGGGGGGGGGGGGGGGAAAGCUCUUGUGCCAUAUCGUCCCAAAGACUCGUGAUUUCAAAAACAAGAACAAAGGAAACACAAAGAAACAGGAGCCGGCUCUCAAAGUGGUGAAACCAGAGAGACUCUCCUGAGGAACCUUCUCCCAGUGUCCUCGUAUCAGGUGUCGACCAGAAGAGAGAGACUUUGUGUAGAGUGACGUUUAACGUGUGACGUGGAGUCGGGGGGGCAGAAGCCGGAGCGCUCAGCGUUGUGUUCUCCAGUUUCUUAUUUUUGGUCGGAUGUGAAUAUGAAGAAUCAAAGUAUUGGUGAUUUUGAAAAGACGUGUAAAGGCUGAAUGACGCCUGUUUGCUGGUGUCUCCACACGGGAGCUGGUUCCACUGGUUUGAGUUCAGAUCACAU